UCAAAUAUGAUACACAAAGAUCUAACUAUCCUACUUAUCAAGGUCCAAUGUUGUCUUCACGGAUAGAUUAUGUUUGGUCUUCAGUUGAUGUCAUCUCAAACUUCACAGGUUGUGAAACAGUUCAGCUUGCAUCUACUCUAACUGAUCACUCUAUUGUCAUCCUGUAUAUCGAAAACUUCUUAGAUGUUAAAAAUAAUAAGAGAAAUAUUCCUUUGAAAAAGGUCUAUGACUAUGACAAAAUGACUGAGGAUAAUUG